GUGCCUGAGAGUGUUUUCCAAGCAUUCCUUGAGCUCUGGCAGCCUGACACAGAAAUGGAAUCCACGAAAACCAAACUUUUUGUGAGUUGCAAGGACCCCUGCGUCAACCUCUGUAAAGAAGUGCCAUCUGCAGCCUAUCUUAGGCAAACUCUUUCCUGAUAAUUAAGGCUAUGUACUCCAGCAACCGAGGGACGGUGGGAGGGUUUUUCCUGGCAGGACGGAGCAUGAUUUGGUGGCCGAUUGGUGCUUCUCUGUUUGCCAGCAACAUUGGCAGCGGGCACUUUGUGGGCAUAGCAGGAACAGCAGCAGCUAGCGGGAUUGCCAUCGGAGGCUACGAAUGGAAUGCUCUGAUAUUUGUGGUGAUUCUGGGAUGGGUCUUUGUCCCCAUCUACAUCAAAGCUGGGGUGGUCACAAUGCCGGAGUAUCUGAAGAAGCGUUUUGGUGGGAAACGGAUCCAAGUCUACCUGUCAGUCCUUUCCCUGAUCCUGUAUGUUUUCACAAAGAUCUCAGCUGACAUAUUCUCUGGAGCUGUAUUUAUCCAGCUGGCCAUAGGGCUGAAUCUGUAUGUGGCCAUAAUUAUCCUGCUUUCUAUUACUGCUCUUUACACCAUCACAGGUGGCCUCGCAGCUGUGAUUUACACAGACACCUUACAAACAUUCAUCAUGGUACUGGGAUCCUUUGUUCUCAUGGGAUUUGCCUUUAAGGAAGUGGGAGGGUACGAGGCUUUCAUGCAGAAGUACAUGGAAGCAAUUCCAUCCAACACCUCCUAUGGGGGCACUGACAUUGAUCCCGAGUGCUACACCCCCCGGCAGGACGCCUUCCACAUCUUCCGAGACGCCGUCACCGGAGACCUGCCGUGGCCAGGGCUCGUCUUUGGCCUCAGUGUCCUGGCCCUGUGGUACUGGUGCACAGAUCAGGUUAUUGUCCAAAGAUGUCUCUCUGGCAAGAACAUGUCCCAUGUGAAGGCUGGUUGUGUCAUGUGUGGAUACCUCAAACUCUUGCCCAUGUUUAUCAUAGUGAUGCCUGGAAUGAUCAGCCGAAUUUUGUACACAGAUGUGGUGGCUUGUGUUGUGCCUGAAAUCUGUAAGCAGCACUGUGGCACCGCAGUGGGCUGCACAAAUAUUGCUUAUCCAAAAAUGGUAGUGGAGCUCAUGCCAAAUGGUCUGCGGGGUCUGAUGCUGUCAGUCAUGUUGGCCUCCCUCAUGAGCUCCCUGACUUCCAUUUUUAACAGUGCCAGUACUUUGUUCACUGUGGACAUUUACACCAAAAUCCGGACCCGAGCGUCUGAGAAGGAGAUGAUGUUGGCUGGCAGGGCAUUUAUGUUACUCUUAAUUGGCAUCAGCAUUGCCUGGGUUCCUGUGGUUCAGUCAGCUCAGAGUGGGCAGCUCUUUGACUACAUGCAGUCCAUUACCAGCUACCUGGGACCUCCCAUUUCUGCUGUUUUCCUGCUUGGCCUCUUCUGCAAGCGUGUCAAUGAGCCGGGUGCCUUCUGGGGCCUCAUUAUUGGGCUGCUGGCUGGAUUGAGCAGGAUGAUUGCAGAGUUUGUCUAUGGAAAUGGCAGCUGUGCGAACCCUUCCAACUGCCCCUUCAUCAUCUGUGGGAUUCACUACCUUUACUUCGCACUGAUUCUGUUCGGGGUUACCGCCAUCGUCAUCCUGGGAGUCUCCUUCAUGACUAAGCCCAUUCCUGAUGUACAUCUUUACCGCCUGUGCUGGUCCCUGCGGCACAGCAAAGAGGAACGGAUUGAUAUUGAUGCAGAUGAGGAGCAGGACAAGGCUGAUGAAAAAGAUGAGGAAUCAGUUAACGAGGAAAGCCGAGAGGAACCUGGAUGUGUAAAGAAAGCCUACAACUGGUUCUGUGGCUUGGACCAAGAGAAAGGCCCCAAACUGAGCAAGGAGGAAGAGGAGGCCCUGAAGAAGAAGCUGAUGGACACAAGCGAAGUUCCCCUGUGGAGAAAUAUUGUGAAUGUCAAUGGCAUCAUCCUGCUGACUGUGGCUGUGUUCUGCCAUGCCUACUUUGCAUAACUCUGCUCCCAGCCCCCACACUGCUGCACUGCCAAGGAGACUGAUGGCUUGUAGAUUUACACAGUUAGACACACUUAAUGUUUUCAUCAUCCACACUGGUAAAAAGUCCGGGUGAUUUACUCGCUGAUUUUAUGAUCAUAAUUUCAACAAUCUGAAGAUGAAGGCCACUGGGAUUUCAAGAGAGAGAAUUUCUGUUUAGACACUGAACCAAUGCAGGGCUAACUGAGGUUCAGAAUUUCCAUCCAUUAUUCUCUCUGUUCAUAAUACAUUUCAUAUUUUAGGUUCAGAACAAGGCUGCAUGAGCCAUAUUUCAUAUCGGGGUUUGUGAACUACCUUUUAGGGUUGAUGAUGCUAUUUUGAUUUUCAACCCUUCUUCUGAUCUCUCAAAUUUCUUUUUCCUUAGACUAUGAUAAUUUGAUUACAAAAAACCUACAACCAUUGAGGGACUGUAUUACAAAUUCCAAUUAAAACAUUACUUUUGUCCCUCC